GCCCAAAUGGAUGUGGAUCUGGAUAUCUGAUUCGAAUCUCUACCAGUCACCGCCCGCUUGGUUGAGCCGCUGCUCCUCCGCCUUCCUCAGUCAGUCCCAUUCCCAUCGGGAGCCAUGAAGAAGGCCGCCGCAGUCGCCGAGUGGUGCGAUGCUGGAGGACGCGAACUGGCGCCAGAGGCGGUUGGGAAGGAGGAAGAGGGCAGCGAGGAGGAGGAGGUAUCCUCGUCGGCGUCGCAUGGAAAGCUCUACGAGGCGUAUAACGAGCUGCACGGGCUGGCUCAGGACCUCGAGACGCCCUUCGAUGCGCCGGCGGUGAUGGUGGUGGGGCAUCAGACGGAUGGAAAGAGCGCCCUCGUGGAGGCCCUCAUGGGUUUCCAGUUCAACCACGUUGGCGGCGGCACCAAAACCCGCCGUCCUAUCACGCUCCAUAUGAAGUACAACCCUUCUUGCGUUGUUCCCGUUUGCCGCCUCGUCUUCGAUGCUGACCCCUCCGUCAGUGGUCGCAUGUCUCUCCCGGAGAUCCAGGCCUUCAUUGAAGCAGAAAACAUGAGGCUGGAGAGCGAUCCUUGUCAGUUCUCAGAGAAAGAAAUCAUUAUAAGGGUCGAGUACAAGAACUGCCCAAAUCUUACUAUUAUUGAUACGCCAGGUCUAAUAAUUCCUGCUCCAGGUCGAAGAAACCGAAUCUUGCAGGGACAAGCUCGUGCAGUAGAAUCACUUGUGCGAGCUAAAAUGCAGCAUGAAGAGUUCAUCAUCUUAUGCCUUGAAGAUUGUAGUGAUUGGAGUAAUGCCACAACACGUAGAAUAGUGAUGCAAGUUGAUCCUGAGCUUUCAAGGACAGUAAUAGUAUCCACCAAGCUGGACACUAAAAUUCCACAGUUUGCACGGGCCUCAGAUGUUGAAGUUUUUCUUAGACCACCCGCUUGUACAUUGGAUGGUUUUUUGUUGGGUGGUUCACCCUUCUUCACUUCUGUGCCCUCCGGGAGAGUUGGCUCUCAGAAUGAUGCUGUGUAUCGUUCCAAUGAGGAGUUCAGAAAAGCCAUCUGUUUGAGAGAAAUAGAAGACAUUUCUUCUUUAGAAGAAAAGCUUGGCAGAUCAUUGUCCAAAGAGGAAAGAAGUAGAAUAGGUGUUAGUAGCCUUAGGUCAUUUUUGGAAGAGCUAUUGCAGAAAAGGUACUUGGAUAGUGUUCCUCUGAUUAUCCCACUUUUGGAGAAGGAACUUCAUAGUACUACAAGGAAGUUACGAGACAUCAACCAAGAACUCAGUAAUUUGGAUGAAACGAAAUUGAAGGAGAAGGGACGUGCAUUCCAUGAUUCUUUUGUGACAAAGUUAUCUUUGCUAUUGAAAGGCACAGUUGUUGCUCCUCCUGAUAAAUUUGGAGAAACUUUGCUGGAUGAGAGGACCCUUGGUGGAACAUUCACGGGAACUGAUGGUAUUCAGCUUCCACACAAGAUGAUGCCUAAUGCUGGGAUGCGUCUUUACGGGGGUGCACAAUAUCAUCGAGCCAUGGCAGAAUUCCGUCUCAUUGUUGGAGCUGUCAAGUGUCCUCCUAUCACCAGGGAGGAGAUUGUAAAUGCUUGUGGCGUUGAAGAUAUUCACGAUGGAACAAACUACUCUAGGACGGCCUGUGUCAUUGCUGUUGCCAAAGCUCGUGAUACCUUUGAGCCGUUCCUUCAUCAGUUGGGCUUCAGACUUUUAUAUAUACUGAAGAGACUGCUACCGAUCGCCAUGUAUUUGCUUCAGAAAGACGGAGAAUAUCUAAGUGGCCAUGAAGUUUUUCUGAGACGUGUUGAGACAGCCUUUAACAAUUUUGCUGAGUCAACUGAACGAUCAUGCCGUGAUAAAUGUAUGGAAGACUUGGUAAGCACCACGCGCUAUGUCACCUGGUCUCUUCAUAACAAGAAUCGUGCCGGAUUACGCCAUUUCUUGGAUUCAUUUGCUGGCUCCGAGCAGUUAAAUACUAGCUCUACUACAUCAGGUGUUCAGCAGGAACCACAUAUGGGGUUGAAUGACAGUAAAAUUGAUAGAUUGAAAACAGAUCCAAAUCCUAACAAUUUGACAGCAGAGACAAGGCUUGCUGAUCUUUUAGAUAGCACAUUGUGGAACCGAAGACUGGCUCCUUCAUCUGAAAGAAUUGUUUAUGCCUUGGUAUACCAAAUUUUCCAUGGGAUCAAAGAGCACUUCCUUGUAUCCACAGAAUUAAAGUUCAAUUGUUUUUUCCUCAUGCCGGUGGUCGACAAGUUGCCAGCCCUUCUGCGUGAAGACCUGGAAUCUGCCUUUGGAGAUGACUUGGACCAUAUUUUCGACAUUACUCAGCUGCGCCACUUGCUUGGGCAACGUAGAUGUGAAUCCGAGAUUGAGCUAAAACGGUUGCAGAGGCUGAAGGGAAAGUUCAGAGAAGUGAACGAGCAUUUGAGCUCCUCCAUCUGUAUCUGACCACUAGAAACCUUCAGCCAAAAUCAUAUUGGUGAUGCAAAAGGUAUUCCUACCAAACUCGCUGUGCUAAGAACAUAACGUAAAUUUUUUUAGAUUUGUUUUUUAGAUCAGUGCUUGUUUUCUGUGAGGAGAAAGAUCGAUGCUGAAUCUUUUGUAGGAUCUCUAUUAGAUCUUGUAUCAUUUAUUUAGAAGCAUUUCAUUUCAUGUAGUACCCCUAAGAAUGCUUCUGUAAUAUUGAACGUGGGAUCUUAUGGAUUUACAUAAACUCUACUAUUAAAUAGUAUUAAAAAUUUUAUUAUUUCAAA